AUGCUUCGAAAGACACGAUUCGUCUGCGUUUCUGAUACACACGGCUACACACCCUCUGAAGCAGGCUUCAAACUCCCAGCAGGGGACAUCCUGAUCCAUGCAGGCGACUUGACUAACAAUGGAAGCCUAAGAGAGCUUCGCAAGACAAUGGAUUGGAUAUGCAAAGCCGACUUUGAAAUCAAGAUCAUAGUUGGUGGCAAUCACGACGUUACCUUGGACCCAACAUUUUACGCAGAACACGGACACAGUUUUCACAGCCAGUCCCUCGAAGAUCCGCAGCAAUGCCUGAAACUCAUCUCGGAGUCGCCUUCAGUACUCUUCCUUCAACACGAGUCAGCCGUGAUUCGCUUGACGCGAGCAGGCGGUCCAAACACGAUCUUCAAAGCCUUUGGCUCCCCAUACUCCCAAUUCAAAGGAAACUGGGCAUUUGGAUACGACUCAAGUGAUGCAACAAGGCUAUGGAGUCAGAUACCACUCGACACGGACGUCGUCGUCACGCAUACGCCACCACAAUCUCACUGCGACCAGAAACCAAAUGGAACAUCAGUUGGGUGCUCAGCACUCCGCAAGAGGUUGAGCCUCCUAAGGCCGCACUUGGCCAUUUGCGGCCAUGUGCAUGAAGGACGAGGAUAUGAAAGAGUUCACUGGCAGGCCGAGCUUACAAACACAGAACAAGAUAUCAAGACAGAAAGACAUAGCCAGUCCAAAAAGGAAGCAGAGAGACAGAUCAACGCAGUUGACCAUGUCAUCCGGGGCACGUUGCCGCCCAUGGGAAGCAAGAAACAAAGCCUGAUCGACUUAACCAGCAAACGGAACGAACGAAUAGCCAACGAGGGAUUUUCAUGUCCCGGUCACGGUGAUAGCCGUCCCGCACACGAAACAUCAAAAUCAAACGACGAAACGAUGUCAUUAGCCUCGUCGAAAUCAUCAGCAGGCGCCGGGCCUGAAAAGACAACUCCACGAAAUUCGCCGAACGCUCCGUCCCUGAGCGUGGGUAGCCCCAACCCCAAUCUCAGUCUCAGCACCGGCAUCAGCACCAGCAUCAGCGGCACGAUCGGCCAUAUCGACGCCUUGCAAACGCUCCGAAGGGAGACUUGCAUUGUCAAUGCGGCCGUUGUGGCCACCAGUUUCCCGCAUCACGGAGGCAAACGCUUUAAUUCGCCCGUCGUAAUUGACCUUGAGCUUCCCAUGUGGCAAGAUCCAGCCAACGCCAACGUUAACGCCAACGGGUGA